CAAGAAACACACAAGGAAUCAACGCACCUAUGCAAAGCCAAAGCAAGCACCCAACCAAGAAAGCAGCAACUAGAAACAAACACCUGCAGAGUGAUAUUUGUAGGAACACUGCCUGCGGGUUCCAUAUGUCGACAAAUGAAUCAUGUUCACAUCAAUAUCUAUCUCAGGCAAUGUCGCCUGUGCGGGUGGCAGGGGUGUCGCCACGCCCCUCUCCCGCCCCCUCUGCCGCCCCAGCCACAGCGGCAGACGCAGAAGCCCCCCCGCUAUCGGUGUUGGUGUUGGUGUUUUGCUCCUCGGCAAGAGCGCCGCAUGAGAGGACCUUGAGCACGGGAGACACCUGCCGCCUCUCCUGCUUGCCCUGGUCGAGCGGAAAGAACACAUUGAACAGAUUGCUGCAGCCAGCGACAAACAGAGAGAGACGGAGAGACAGAGAGAGGAGGACCACGCGCCCAUCCACUCUGUGCGUGUGUGUGUUGUCCUGUUUGUGUCUCAAGGAUGCUGACAGGUUAUUGAGGAGCGAAAUGCAGCCGACCACCAACACCGCCAGAGCAACCAAAGACUGCAGCCAUCCGUGAAGACACACAUGAGAGAGAGACGCACAGCAGACACACAAGGUGUGUCCGCCAAGCCAAGCCAAGGUCAGUCUGCUUACGAAGCUGCCGCGUGGGGAAAACAUCUCCUGGACCAUGAAGUUGGCGUAUUCGAUGUGCACCCUCGUGUAGUCGGCGUCCGCCGCCGUGUCGUUCUGAUUUAUCAGCUGCGAAAAGCGAAAGCUGCACGCACACACAGAGACACCAGAAACACACACGAUACCGUCUGUCCGACGUGUGGGUGGGGGAGUGAGUGGGUGGGUGGGUGGGUGGAACACCCACUCGUAAGUGUGGUACUCCUUGUAUGGCGUGAUGUAGUCACUCCACUUGAGCGACCCCGAGGUAAGGCCUUUCCACAGCUCGAUGUCGGUCACUCUGAAUGAGGCAAACGGACGGAGGGAGGGAGGGAGGGAGACGUGUGGGCUGGGCUGGGUUUGGGUUGGGGUGGUUGUGUUGUGUUGUGUUGUUCUUCUCCUCCCUCGCGGCCUCCCUCCGCUGCUUACUUGACUUUUCUGAGCUGAACGGGAAAACAGCAGAAAGGGAGAGAGACCUCACACGUGCGACACGCAUACCCAUGUAGACAGAGACAUGGACGGACCUGAAUGCCGCCGAUGACGUACCGGCCCACCUGUGGGACAAAACACAAACCGCCCGACGUAUGUGGUACGUAUGGAUGUGUGUGUGUGUCAGGGGAGGGGCCCAUACGUUUGCGAAGAACCAUGAGGGCGACUGCUCAGUCUUGUUCAUCUUGGAGUCAUACAAACCCACCUUCAGACCGGGGAGAGGCCCGGCCGCUAAACACGCUCACACACACACACACACACAGAGAGAGAGAGAGAGGGGCAUACAAGGGGUCAUCCAUCCGUCUCGCGCAUCUCACGGAUCUCACGUACGUUGCAGGUUCGUCCUGAGCUCCACGUUGUCGUUGGAAAUCUGCCCCUCCUCAUUGAAGGUCAGGACGUACUUGAGGGACCUGCUCGAGCCGCUCUUGGGGGGGAAGUAGCCUUGCCACAGGUCCACACAGAUGCACGUGGCCCCGCCCACACACACUCCCGCCUUUCUGGCUUCACGCUCGAUACCCUGUGUGGCCACACAGACAGACAGACAGACACACAGAGAGAGGAAGGGUUGAGGGCCUGCUUUGGCGGGCUUUGGCCGCCUGCUGGCUGAGUGCCCACCUGCCCUCCUGUGAGAGGGUGAUGAUUAUGUCUCCAUCCAGGCCGUUCUUCAGCUUUGUCGGCGAUGUGGUGUUGUCCGUGAGCGAGUGCGGAUUCCCCAAACUUCAUCGCAUCGCAUGACAGCGAAAGAAACGCAGAGGAGAGAGAGAGAGAGAGAGACACAGACAAAGAAGCCCUCUUCUGAAUGGCUGCACGGCUGCGUGUGUAGACAUACUUUGAGAUGGGACAGAUGGCGAAAGACGGUGCUUCCAGAGAGCGAUACUGCACGAACCGGGUCUCUAGGUCGAGCCGGCCGCUUUGCAGAUAGUAGACGACAAGCGUGAUGAUACCCCCAAGAAUGAUGGCCCACCUGAAGAAAGACCACAAACGCAAAAGUGGUGGUGCCCCCCCGUCUACCCCGAUGAGAGGAAGAGUCACUCACAGAAGUACCAGCAUCACACGCGCACAAAACUCCGCCUUCUUCGCUCUUCGAGAGGCCCCAAACGUGCAGCCUGCAGUGCAUCGCAAUCGCAUGCCAAACACACAAUCCCCUCCCGCUCUCUCAAUGACGAGUCUCGCAUUGCAAAGUUGACUCACUCUGUACGAGCUGUUCGGCGAGUCUUUGCCAGAAGCCACGGGCAGCAGCAGACGCUCUCUCCCCGAUGCCGCUCUGCCUCUGCUCAGACCGGCGGCUCCCGGCGGGCAGCAGAGGGGCCUCCAGCCCCUCAUCAGGGGGCUCACCCGCAGAUUGUGCAGCUGCCGCCGCAGGUGUCGCUGUAGGACGCAAUCGCACUUCCUCUUCGUCACCAGACAU